AUGAUAUUGCAAUUUUUAUUUAUCUAAUUAACUUAAGGAAUAAUCACAUAGACAGCUGGCGCUUUUAAUGAGUUUGUGUGGAACGCCCCAGGAUUUCUCUGCCAAAAUGGAUUCACAAAAACUGGUAAUAUCAAUUUUUAGGAUUCUUUUGCAAAUAUACCUAAAAUAAUAAUUGUUCCAAAUGUUAUGGAUAUAACACCUGUAUUUACAAAUCAACUAAUUGUAUAAAUAGAUAUAGUAAGUGUCACUUUAACAGGUUAUAAAUUAAUUUUAUAUAGGUUUUUCAAUUAAAAUAACAUGUCCAAAUAAUAAAGUAGGUACUUUUCAAAUGAGAUGGUUUGCAAUUGAUGAUAGUCGUAUAGAAGUAAUUAAUGAGCUCAAUUUAAAUCCUAUAGCUUCUAAAUAAUAUCCAAUUUAAAAUCCUAAUAUAAAAAAAGCUAUCGUUUCUAUUUUAAAUUUUGGAUAUAAUGGACCAUUUGAUGUAGGUCUAUCUGUAAAAAAAAAAAAUUUAAAUAGGUUUCUGAAUUAACUUCAACCCAUGUGACUGUGAAUGUCAACAGUGCCAACUCAAAUUUAAUAUUUCUUGGCUACUAAGUAAUAUUGGGAACUGAGGAAGUUAUCAGUUAUAUUGAUAAAGUUUCAUCCACUAGUGUAUACACAAGUCAAAUCUACCCUCUUUAAUCUAAUAGUUAUUUUGUGAUCUCUUUUAAUAAUUUGGGACAUACUAAUGCUGAUACUUUAAAAUUAGGUGUUUCCAUUUCUUAGACUUCAACUACUAUCAAUUAUUAAACCCAAAUAUGUAUGAUUUAGAAUUAAUAAAAUAGGGGGUCCUGGUACUUAUGCACCGAACACUCUCCAAUCAUUUUUUCUCAAAUUUAAUAUAAAUUAAGCAUAUAUGGCAAUGGAAUGUUUCACAAUUAGAAUCAACAAAAUAUUUUAUAGGAAUUCAGAUUAAAGACCUGCUUUUUAAUUGGAUAUUUAGGAAAUUAAUUAAGUAUUUAAUACAAUAGGAUCAGAAACUGUAAUUGUAGAUGAAUCAAUUACAUUACUAAAUAUCCAUGUUUAUUAUAAAUGUCCAUCAAAUAAUAAAAAGGUUCAUAGUUAAAUGAAUAAAUGUAAUAGUUGUACUGGAAAUAAUAAGAUUUAUAAUUUAAAUCAUUAUUGUCAUGGAUCAAUCAAUUCAAUUAAUAUUUAUGCUAAAUAUAAUGCUUAAUCAAAUAAUAAAGAAUUAAUCAUAACUAGAACUACUAAUGGUAUUACUAUCAUUUAAACAUUAAGAAAUAAAAGUACCACAUAAUAAGAAAUAUUAUUGGUUGAAUUUUUAGAUAUAUGA